AUGAAGAAGAUUUUCGCCCCACAGGGAGUCCCUGAGGUGGUGAUAUCAGACAAUGGUCCUCAAUAUGCUAGCAAGGAAGUUAAGGAAUUCUUAAGGAGUUGGAACUUUCAUCACUAUACCUCUUCACCACACCAUCCAAAAGGGAAAGGUACAGCGGAAGCUGCAGUCAAACAAGCUAAGAGGAUACUCAAGAUGAUUCACGACCCCUGGAUAGCUAUUUUGGAACAAAGGAAUACACCUGAUGAGUUGGCAUCACCAAAUGAGAAAUUGAAUUCAAGAAGAACAAGAACAGUUAUACCAAUGAAAUCAGAGUUGCUUGAACCCCAGGUGAUACCAACCUCAAGCAUCAUACGAGCUUCAGUCAAGAAGAAGCAACAGAACAAGAGGUACUAUGAUAAGAAAACAAAGCCGCUACCCCCUCUUGUUGUAGGAGAUAGUAUUCGCGCCAAGAUGUGGCCUCAGUCGUCGCCCCUGUGGGCACAAAGAAGUGUGGUCAGAAGAGAAUCUGACAGAUCCUACAUGAGGAAGGCCGAUGGCUGUAGGUAA